GCCAGCUUCCCUUUGGCCCCAUGGAGGAGCGGAGGCGACGGCGGCUGGGUCGCGGGGCUGACUGAGCGAUGGAUCUGGACAGCGUGCCCGCCGCCCGGGGCUUCCCCGGCUGGAGCGACCCUGCGCCCUCCCUCCGGAAGGAGCCCCGGGAGAGCGCGCCCUUCGAGAGCGGCUACCUGAGCCUGCCCGCCGCGGCCUGCCGGGGCAGGAUCCCGGAGGAGUACGGCCCGCCCAGCCUGGCCGAGCCCGAGCUGCAGGGCUGGCCGGAGCAAGAGCGCGCGGAGCUGCAGAUGAAAGUGGACUUCUUUCGCAAGCUGGGCUACUCCUCCGAGGAGAUCUUGGUGGUCCUCCAAAAGCUGGGCUUGAACGCGGACACCAACUCGGUGCUGGGGGAGCUGGUGAAGCACGGGAUGGCGGCGGGGGAUCGCGACCCGGGCGACCUCUCGCAGGAGACUCCCGAGGCGCCGCGGGCCCCGCAGCACAGGAGCCCCGGGCCAGCCGUGCCUUCGGAGGGGAAGGAGGGGGAGAACCUGCGGCCCAUUGUCAUCGAUGGAAGCAACGUGGCCAUGAGCCACGGGGAUAAAGAUGUCUUCUCUUGCCGAGGCAUUCUGCUGUCUGUGAAUUGGUUUCUUGACCGAGGUCACACGGAUAUCACCAUCUUCGUGCCAUCCUGGAGAAAGGAGCAGUCAAGGCCAGAUGUUCCCAUCACAGAUCAGCACAUCCUGCGUGACCUUGAGAAGAAGAAGAUCCUUGUCUUCACGCCUUCCCGGAGGGUGGGGGGCAAGCGAGUGGUCUGCUACGAUGACCGCUUCAUCGUGAAGCUGGCCUAUGAGUCGGACGGCAUCAUCGUGUCCAAUGACACUUACCGAGACCUGCAGACCGAGCGCCCCGAGUGGAAGAAGUUCAUCGAAGAACGCUUGCUGAUGUAUUCCUUUGUCAAUGACAAGUUCAUGCCUCCUGAUGACCCACUUGGACGCCACGGCCCCAGCCUGGACAACUUUCUGCGAAAGAUGCCAGUGCUGCCUGAACUCAGAAAGCAGCAGUGCCCCUAUGGUAAGAAAUGCACUUACGGGAUCAAGUGCAGGUUUUAUCACCCUGAGCGCCUUAACCACCAGCAGCGCUCCGUGGCCGAUGAGCUGCGAGCCAACGCGAGGUUGUCCCCAACCAGGAGCGCUGCCAAAGAGGAGGGGCCAAGCCGACACCCUUCCCAGGCUGAAUUCCUAGGCUCUGUGCCCCAUGAGAGUGACAAGAUCUUGCUGAAAGCCUCCGUUGAGAAGAAAAGCUUGGCCUCUAAAACAAAGCAUGGAGAUGUGCCACCCCACUUGCUUAAAGCGGGGACCAGCACAGGGGGAAGCCCUGUUGCAGGUAGCAGCUACCGGCCUUCCGAGUGGUACCAGCCACCCCCUGUCUCUGCCCACAUGGACUCCCUGGCCUAUGUGUCUCAGGACUGCUUUGACUCUGGCAUCGGCUCCCUGGAGAGCCAGCUGUCCGAGAUGUGGCCCAGCCCUUUGGCUGGCCACGGCAAGCAUUCCCACCCAGAGCACCCGGGGAUGACAACCCACCGGGGCCAGAGUCCGGCCUACCCCCGACCUCCUGGCCCAGAGUCAAAUAGCUACAGCCACUACCAGCCCCCUGGCUAUCCCAAGCCCGCCCUGGCAGCUGGCUCCAACACCAGCUUCUUGCAGUAUAGUGCCGAUUUCUCGCACACCAGAGCAGCUCACUCUUUCCCCAAUUAUGGUGCACCUCCCGACUCCAGUACUUCUCUAGGCCCAGGGCGGAAGUAUUGGUCUGAGCCUUACCAGCCUCCCCCCGCAGCAUCCCGAGAUCUCCCAAGAGCCUCCCAGCUGGCCUACAGUGACUCCUGCCAGUGGGCCUCACCAGAUCGCUUUGCCGAAGAGCGUGCCAACGUGCAUGUGAAGCUGUGUGGGAUCUUCCAGCCACAUCUGGUGGAUGCUGUCAUGAGCCGCUUCCCACAGCUGUUGGACCCACAGCAGCUGGCUGCCGAAAUUCUCACUUACAAGUCCCAGAACCACCGGGUGUGAUGUGCUGAAGAGGCAGCGUCUCUCAAGGAGGGAUGUCCAAUGUUCCAGGGAAUGGUUCCUGCCGCACCAGAGUUCUUGGGAGACGAAUGGCCUUUGGGGAUGGGUAACUGCCCCGUUCUGCUCUGGGAUACAGCAGUGAGCUGCCUGACAUGACGGCCGUGGGAGGUCCCAGCCUGUCUGUGGGUUAGGAAGGAUGGGAAGGCUCUACCCUAGUGAACGUCUCCUAAGGAACAUCUCCAGUCCCUUUAUCAGCCUGCUGCGGUUACUGAGAUGAGUUCCUUUGUGGAAAGCAGACCAUGAACUCGCUCUCACAAUAGAGGGAAAGAGGUCAACUCCUGUCAUAGGUGGGGAGGAUGUGACCUUGUUUAAAAUGCUGGCCUUAUUAGGAAAUCAUUGACAAUUGCCACGUGUGGCCAGAUCUUAUGUGACCUCUUGUGCGUGCUGUGCAUUGCAGAUGGUGCGCUGUGCAUUCAAGGCCUGGAUUUAAGCUGACUUUUCCAGUUCAAGCUUCUAGUCGUCAUGGCUGUGGAGAAGUUAGGAAGUAGAUGGUAUCUCUGUGAAAUACCAGAAGAGGGGCUUUGAGACAGCAGGUUCCUUGCUUCUGGCUCUCAGGCCGGUCUCUCCUUGCCAAAAUCAGCCAGGCAACGUGCAUUUGGGCUUGAACUUGGCAAAGCACAGAAUUUGAAUUCAGUGCACAGAAAUUCAAAAUCUCAAGAAUCUCAGUUUUUCCCAUAAAGUAAAAAACAUCAGUUUCUGGCCCUAUAUUUACAGAAGAAUAUAUGCUUGAAAGUGCCUGGUGAGACUUCCUCGCAUGCACCUGUGCGCGCACACAUGCUCAGGGUUGUGGAGCUGUAAUGCUCUGCAUAGCUUCUUGUAUCUUCCCCAUCGCUAGCAUCAGUUUAUGCAAAGCAAACUGCCCAGUUUCUAGCAUCUGUUCCUCUUGCACUGAAUGUGGACGGCCGGCGUCUCAUUGCCUUCUCUGAACUCCGUUCUUCAUAAAGUUCCUUCCUUAUAACAAAGUUUCUGCUAAGAAACUUGCCUUAACUUGCCUUAAGAGCCCUCCAGGCGUCCAGCACAGCUGAAGAGAAGUGAAAUGUGGGAUGUUCUCUGCAAAACCCUUUGGAAGGCGCACUCUCUGGAGCAUCCUAGCAACAGUGUAGCUGGCAAAAGACAAUGAUGAGAGGCCCUUGAAUGAUAUCAAGGGGAUAAAAACGGUUUUGCAUCUGGAACGCCGUGCAAAUCGGGCAUUCUUGGACUUGUCCCAAGAGCAGGAAACUGGGAGGCCCACCAAGGACUCUUGAUCCCAAGAAAGGUCCUGUCUCCUCCAAAGCCACUCCACCUCAGAUAUUCUCCAGUACUGUAGAAAGGUGCCUCUCUACUUGGGGUGGCUGGCUGGAUUUAGUUUAUACUGCUCUUGUUGGCUCAGUCUUGAUGACUGGUAAGUCCAAUACUAACAGUUAUAGGUAUCAUUUUUUUGGUAAUGACUUACUAGCAAUUGAUUCUGGUUCCUGCCUUUUUAAAAAAUGUCUAAUUCACAUGCAGGCCAGGAGCAGUUGAUUUGUUGAUGCAUAUUGUAUCCCUUUGUAUACGUUACGUAUUCUCUUAAAAGGUCCGUCUUACAGUCUAAGCUGAAACUGUCCCAGGUGGUGCAGAGAGAUGGGAAGAGUGGAACGUGCUUUUCUUAGAUCCAGGAUGUGGGGUGCUGCCUGAGCCAUCCUGCCCUUUCCCUCUGCUCUGCGCCAAGGGUCAGUGAUCAGCCAUGCUAGCACUGUGUGCUGCAGGAUUCGCACGGACAUCGAAACCCUGUAUGCCUGGUUAAGUAUGAUACACCACAGAACUGUGAUGUUUCAUGGUAGUAAGCAAAAUGCUUUUUAAUUGUAACCUUGUUAACUUUGCACCUUUUUUGUAAAUUACAGAAGAGAUUGGUUUUUACUGGUAUUGUAUUAUAUACAAAAAGCUGCCUUGGUGGUGUUUGGUCUUCUUCUGGACUUGACUGUACCUAGCCGAACUCACACCAGUUCAGGGCUGCUGUCUAGCAACUGGAGGCUGCUUUGAAUAAUUUUUUUUUAAAAAAAACACACGAGAGCAAUGGGACGUAUCUUGAAGCUUGCCGUAUAUUUUCUUUUAUAAAAAAGACUUUGGUCUCUCUCCAAAGCAAUGAUGAUUGUGUUGCAAAAAUAAACGAUGCUGGUUGCUGA